CCCUCCGGUGGAAAUGCGCAAGACACGUCACGUGUGAGCUUAGUGUUUGACAACGAAGCGCAGUAACCGACUGCCUCACUCAAAGUUUGUACCGAUAUCGAGCUGGGCGUCUCUUCCGUCGCUGCUGAGCUUGUCUGUUGCCACCGCUUUGCUUCGGCUUUUCCCACUCUGAAAAAUGAACAAGAACUCCAUCUCCACGAAUGAAGAGAUGCUCCAUGGAGAAUUUCUCAAAAGCUUAAACGGUAACUACAGAGCAGUCUUUCAGAUUGAUAGCAACCUGGUGAUCUACGGCACCACUGCCCUCUGGCACACCGACACCGCCCAGACCACCGGUGUGCGACUCGUUCUGCAAGACGAUGGCAACCUUGUGAUGGUCACCCACAAGAAGAGCAUAGUUUGGAACACUGAAACCAAAGACAAGCAAGUCUCGCAGAGGAUGCGACUGACCCUGACAGACGCUGGAUACCUGGAGAUCACGAGAGACGGGGAGAAAAUCUGGACGUCGGAAAACUCCAAAGGCACCAAACCGUAAACCGCGCUGGGUGUGCCUAAAGAUUACUUGGUGCGCCAUAUUGAAAUGGGUACUUUUGAAUGUGAUGUUCUAAUCCCAAACAUUAUAUUUCCACUGAACGAAUAGAACAGUAGAGUACAGAAGCAUACGCAAAUGUGUUUAUUUCUUGUGAAAUAAAGAUCAUGGAAUCUGGUGGUAAAUAAAUGUGGUAGUCCUUUCCUUCCACACAAUUUAUGAA